AUGACUGUACCUGUCGAGGAUAAUUUCGAUUUCAUCGUCGUUGGUGGCGGCACUGCCGGUAAUGUGGUUGCCGGUCGGCUGGCAGAGAACCCCGAGGUAAAAGUGCUGGUCAUUGAAGCAGGUGUCAGCAACCCGGGCGAGAUCUCAGAAAUCUCCACGCCAGCGUCUGCCUUUGGGCUGCGUGACAGCCAGUAUGACUGGGCCUAUAAGUCGACUCUCAUCAACAAACCGUACUAUGAACGCGUUGAGAAGCCCAACACCCGCGGCAAAGUCCUCGGAGGUAGUAGCUCUUUGAACUACUAUACCUGGAUCAGGGGAAGCAAGGGGACCUUCGAUGCGUGGUCUGAGUAUGGAGGUCCUGCCUGGACGUGGGAUGAGUGUAAAGAGUAUUUCGAUAAGCCUGCUUCUUACCAUGACGAUGACAACCUUUAUCCCUCAGAGCUGUCCAAAAUAGGCCGCAAUGGCCCUCUUCAUGUGUCCCAUGCGGACCUUGUUCCUGAACUGCAUACCUUCCGUGAUGCCCUUUCUGCAGCGUGGACGAGCAAAGGCCAGAAGAUCAAUGAGGACAUCUACUCCGGAAAGAUGGAGGGCCUCACACACUGUGUCAACAGCAUCUACAACGGUGUGAGGUCGACCAGCGCUUCCUACCUAACAGACAAGAAAAACGUGACGAUCCUUAGCUCCACAAUUAGCAAGAUGAUCAAUUUCGACGGCGACAAAGCAACAAGUGUCACUGUCCUCACCGCCGAUGGCUCCGAGGCAACAAUCACAGCCAAGCAUGAGAUCAUCAUUUCGUGCGGUGUUUUCGAGACUCCGAAGCUUCUGAUGCUCUCGGGCAUUGGCCCAAAAGAUGAAUUAGCUCGUCAUGGCAUUAACCCAGUCCAACACUCCGAGCACGUUGGUCAGAAUCUUGUCGACCAUCCUAUCCUUGCUCAUGUCUUCCGACUCAAAGAUGGCACUGGUCUCGACAGCCAUCUUCUCCACGCCGGUGCCGCCCACAGCGCAGCUGUGCAAAAAUAUCGCACUAGCAAAAAGGGCCCCUUCAGCAGUGGGUUACUGGAAAUGAUAGGCCUGCCGCGGAUUGACAGCCGCUUAGAACGAUACAAGGAAUAUCGCGAGGCAAAGGCUCAGAAUGGUGGUUUGGAUCCAUUCGGACCUGAAGGGCAGCCGCAUUUCGAGAUUGAUUUCGUGCCAAUGUUCUCAGACGCCUUCCAAUGGCACUUCCCCGUCCCCACCGAGGGCGACUGGCUGACCGUCAUCGUUGAUCUUCUCCGUCCGCUGUCCAAGAACGGGGAAGUGAAGCUCAACUCGACCGAUCCUCAUCAGCAGCCAUACAUUAACUUGAACUUCUUUUCGAACGAGCUCGACAUCCUGGCAUUGCGAGAGGGCGUCCGCUUCAUCGACGACAUCCUCAUGACCGGUGACGGGAUGAAGGAUAUCAUCGGCGAAGACUACCCUUGGCCGAUGCCUCGGCACUCAGAUGAAGCCAUGAACAGAGCGAUUCUGGAGAGAUCGCAGAUCGGAUACCACCCCUGCGGCACGGCCCGCCUGGCUAAGGAUAUUAAUCAAGGUGUCGUCGACCCGGAGCUUCGUGUCCAUGGGGUAAAGAACCUUCGUGUCAUAGAUGCGUCGAUCAUUCCUGUUAUUCCUGAUUGUCGGAUUCAAAAUGCUGUGUAUAUGAUUGGAGAAAAGUGCGCGGAUGCAAUCAAGGCGGCUUAUCCGUCCCUCUAUCAAGCUUAAUCCUGGUCUGUAUCGGCGAUUGGCUAUCUUACAGAGCAUAAUACGAUUCUUGACGAGCCAAGUUUGUGUUGCUUUGUACUCUGCGUCAUAAUGAUUAUCAGUUCUCAAGGCGAGCUUACACUCGUCUAAUAAACUAAUGCCUAGAUGGGGGUGUCAUGUGGGUGCGGGCUCGAAAGUGAGACAGACUACAAGUGAACUUGUGGUAUAAACUUGGUUCUAUUAGAUACGGACUCGAAAGGCCCGAUAAAAGGAUAAUCAUAUGCACGUGCAUUCCCUCCCAGUAUUCCAUUUAUGGUAAUCUCUCGAGGACGUCCAGAAUUGGACAUUCAUAAGGCUUCGGUAGACCAGUGCUACAGUUCGGAGCAGCCAAGGGCCAGAACGCCGUU